UUGUUCCAAGAGUUGUUUUGGUCCGAGGCCCUCUUGUGCCACUUCAUCCAUCUCCGCCAGUGCCGCACUGGCUCUUCCCUGCCGUUCUUGGUUUCAACCAAAGGGAGCACAACGAAGAUAAAAAAACUCUAAUAAUGAAUGUGUAGGAGCAUAUCAUUUUGGUGGAUGUACUCAUAAGCAAGAGAAAGAUAAUUCCUUCAUCUUUUGUGUGUGGCUCAAUUGAUAUGCUGACACAAAAUUAUCUUCCUGGUUGCUUAGAAGCUUCUUUUGCAACCUCUUUAUCAUCUGAGAUCACGAAACAAGACUCGUGUGACUGGGCUUCUGGUGCUGAAUUCUUGGAAAUGAGUCCAGAAAAUGAUAAAUGUCCUCUUGAUGGCCGUAAAAAAUCUAAUUCAAAGGAUGGUGACCCUUGUUCCUUAGACAGUCUAGAUGGUCCACGACCUUCAACAUUCAGUGCCAUGUCUGGAUGUUCUAAGCCCGUAGUGUAUCAAAGGAAAAGGUUCAGAAGGAACCCUCUCCCGAUUUUCUUCAUUGAACCAGCAGUUGAAGUUAGGCCUAGCAAUGGAUGUCCUUCUGAGCUUUGUUCUGAAGUCCAUUCAGGAACUUUGAAGGAAGACAUAGUUGCUGGAGUUGGUGCUGAAAAAUUAACUACUGCAGCUCCUGUUCUUCCGCCUGCUGAGCAUAAUAGAGGGAACCUUCUAUCUAAAUCAAAUUCUUGUGAUGGUAGGCCUGAAGGGGAAGAUCAGUGCUCUGAAGCAGUAUCAAGAAGUGAUAUGCAAAGGACUUCAAACUUUUGCAUAAAUGAUAGCUAUUCGUCAUCAAUGUGUGGUUUGGACUUCGGUUCUUCUUCGUUGAAGACGGUUGUGGAUGAUGCUGGUGAAUGCUCCUCAUCUGGUGCUUUAUUUCCUGAAGAAUUGGGUGAUGAUAUGCCAGAAAAGGAUUUAUGUGCAGCAAUUCUUAGAGCUUAUGGGUUGCUUGAAAAUGUUGUGGUCCGUGCGUCCACAGAAGGCUCUUAUACCAGUUCCGACAACUGCUGUUUAAUCUCAUGCAAAGCCUGUGAUUGUUCAGAAGCUACAGUGAAGAUGCUAAUCUGUGAUAAUUGUGAUGAUGCGUAUCAUUUAUCAUGCUGCAACCCCCGUAUAAGGAAAGUACCUCGGGAUGAGUGGUUUUGUCGAACUUGUUUGAUAAAGAAGCGGAAAUUAAUCGAGAAAUCAACUUGUAAUGAGAGUUCUAGCAACUCUUCGUCUGAAGGUGAAUCGGGACCUAUAGCUCUCUUGUUGAAGGAUACCAAUAUAUAUAGAACAUGUGUUCGUAUUGGCAAUAAUUUUCAAGCCGAGGUUCCUGACUGGACAGGUCCAGUGAUAGAUGAGGUUGAUCGUAGUGGUGAACCAUUAGAAAUCAGAACUUCAGAGAUUCUCUGCUUGCGUGAACGAUCUUCUAACAAGCAUUCGAUGAUUAGUUCUAUUGGCAAUUGGAUGCAGUGCCGACAGGCCGUCGAAGGUUUUGGGGAAUGCAUGGAUGGAAGUAUCUGUGGGAAGUGGCGAAGGGCCCCACUAUUUGAAGUUCAAACAGAUGAUUGGGAGUGCUUUCGUGCUGUCCUUUGGGAUCCAGCUCAUGCCGAUUGUGCUGUACCUCAAGAACUAGAGACGGAGGAAGUUCUGAAGCAAUUGAAGUAUAUAGAGAUGUUGAAACCCCGGCUGGCAGUUAAGAGGCGCAAAUUGGAUCAAACCUCAGGCGCUGGCUCACGGUUCUUGACAGAGAAAUCGAGAAGAUGAUAUAGGCUUCAUGUACGGAAAUGUUCAUCUUGUACAUUUAAGCAUACAAAUUUUGGACAAGUGGAUUUGUACUACAUGAUAUUCUCAUCAUAGUACACUGAUGUAAUUGCUUCAGAAACAUAAUUGUACAAUCUAGAAGGUGCAAUGAAUUAGCUGCAACUCAAUUUGAGCUUUCCUGGCCUUCA